CGACAACCCUCGACCAGCGAUCCAAGACCGCCAGAAUUAUCGCACGCCCUGCUGCAACGUCCCUGAGAAUCGAUACAAUCAAUUGACGCGAAAUUGAUUGCGGGAAACACGCGAUACUCGUAUCGUCGCGAACUCCGAUUGACCUCCCUCCGACAUCCCCUCACACGCAGAUGCGCUGCCGAACCUGGAAUCAAUGACUACCGUUAUACGAACGCGAAAUCCUCUAGAAACUUUGAGUAUGAACCAACAGCCAUCGGGCAGACGGAGAAGCAAGCGGCUUGCUGCAUACGACGAGGAAGAUGGAGAUUUCGUGUUCACACGUGGAUCGAAACGAACGAAGACUGCACCGGCGCAAGCAGAACCUGCACCCACACCGGCUCCGGCGGCGUCCUCGAAGAGGGGUAGGAAACCGAAGGAAGUGAAGGAACGCGACGAUGAGACAACCGCGACCGCCAAGAAGCCUCGAGGGCGUAAGAUGAGCUUUUCAACGCCAAGGGUGGAGAGCGAUACUUUGAUAGUGGCAAAGAAGAGGAAAACCACGCGUUCUUCCACAGGCAAGGCUCAGAAUGGAGAGAGCAAUGGCAAUACGCCAAGGACCGACCCAGGGGAUUACGAUAGCGUUGAACUUCUUGGACAGACGGUCGAUCAAACUGAUGAAUCGAUCGUGGAUCACAGCAAGCAGUCGACGGUGAUUGCGCUACCUUUCAGCGAUACGCCCAUAAUAAAUCGCAACAAGGAAUUGAGGAAGAAAGGAGGCAAUGGUGGAGCGCGUAGGAGUAGUUUGGGGCUACGAGGGAGGAGGGCAAGUUCUUUGAUAGACAGCGGACACAGCGCGAUACCGCAUCGCGAGGUCGAGACGUCUGAAUUUUACAAGCAUAUCGAAGCAGAGGGAUUGAGCGAGCCCAGGAGGAUGAAGCAGCUGCUGACUUGGACCGGAGAGCGGUGUAUGGGUGAGAAACCAUCACAUGGCGAUCCGAAUAUCGGGGCAGUCCUAGCAGCCCGAAUGAUCCAGGAGUCCCUCCUGAAAGACUUCGCGAAUAAAUCCGAAUUCUCUGACUGGUUUAAUCGGGAAGAAUCCGCGCCCACCAAGGUUGUCAAGACGCCAAAUCCCAGAAAUAUUGAGCUAGAAUCGAAUUUGGUUGGUUUAGAAGAGCGGAUAAAGCUAUUACGAGAAGAACGAGACCAAUGGAAAGCUUUCUCGAAACCGCCCCCAGUACUUCCUCCACUUCUGCCCGAAGAUGCCCUGGAAAUCGACGCCUCGCAUAUCGACUCUUCGCUACUUACACCAGAGCAAGCAGCCAUAUUUGCCGAAGUCACUUCAACAUCCGCCUUAGAAGUCCGGAAACAAGCAGCUGAACGAGUACAAUCCCUGCAGUCGGAUCUGGAGUUCAAUGUAGAUCGAUUUGCAGAUGGUGUGCACAAAUUAGAACAAUAUCAGCAGACUGUUGGGCGGGUGGCAGACAAAAUACUAGCACUGAGUGCUGUAAGAUUAGAUCAGAGGGACCUGAGGGAAAAGGAAGAAAUUGGCACACGAGAUCUGCCCAUGCAAGAAGUAUUACGAAGUUUGAGUCGGAUAUUACCAGAAGGGAGCAAAGGACGAUGA